AUGGCAGGCUCACAGCCUCAAGCAUCUUCAGCACCAGUGGGAGAAGCAGUUUCACCACCCGUCAUGCCAAAUACAGGGGAAAUGCCACAAGCACCUACCGACUGGGUUUCUUAUGUUCAGCAAUUGAACAAUCAGCAUAAUUUGGCGAUGCAGAAUAUGUUGCGUGAGCAACAAAUGUUGCGGGAGCAACAAAAUCUUAUGCAAAAUACGUUAAAUCAGGCGUUAUCAAGGGUUACUUUGCAACCUAUACAGACGCCACCAGAAUUAUCACCAUCCAGACUACAGGCAAAUUUUGCGGGGCCCUCGUAUGUGGAUAGCACUUUUCCAAGUGUUACUGCCCCUAGGGUUGACAGGGGGAAGACUCCUCUUACAUACCCAAAUAAUAUUCCGUUGGGUGUUAGGACCGAACCAACCGACCCCAGAGAGGAAAGAAUGGGAGGUCAGGCUCACAAUCUCAUUCCUGUGUUGAAUCUUAUCCCACCUAGGGUAGAUCUAGAGGACAUUGCUCAGGUCUUGAGAGUGCAUUUUGGAAUGAACCCUCAGACGGUCAACAGACCUGCAUACCAAAGGCCUUUCCCAGAGAGAAUCAUUAAUGAGCAUCCGCUUCCAAGGAAUUACAGACCACCCGAUUUUCACUCAUUUUCUGGAGGAGAUGGGGCAUCAACCAUUGAGCAUGUGGGACGUUUCAUGGCUCAAUUAGGGGAAGUAGGCAAUAAUUCGUUCUACAAAUUACAGUUGUUUGGAUUAUCGCUUACAAGAACCGUUUUUUCAUGGUUUGCAAAUCUGCCGCCAAGGCAGUUGCAAAAUUGGGAAAGUCUGGAGGCUGCAUUCCAUGCAAGAUUUUUUAAUCCCCUCCCAACGGUCUCACUCACAGAUCUUUUAGAGAUUCGGCAGAUGCCAGAAGAGACUGCGUAUCAGUUUAUCAAACGGAUACGUCUCAUGAAAGGACGGUGCCCGACAAUCAUCGAGGAAAGUGAAAUGACCAAUUUAGUGGUCAGAAAUAUGCAUUCCAGACUUCGAGAAGCGUUGACAGCCCAUGAUGUUCAGGACUUGGCUAGUCUAGCCUCCAAAGCAGGGAGAUUGGAGUCUUUGUUUAGAGAAAAAGAUCACAAUUUCCGUCGGAACAGGGUACAGCAAAUGGCAAGUGUCGAUACAGAAAUAUACUCGCCAGAUGAUGAACAGGGAAAUAUCAUUGAAGAGAUGGCAGCUGAAAUUGUGAGUGGCAAACCAUACGUGUGUUCGAAACUAAAGCCCCUGCUGGGAACAGAGGAGAGGGAACAACCGACCUUCGAUGUAUCCAAAGCAGAUGAAAUUUUUGAUAUUCCUGUUGGCAGAUGGGCAAAUUCGCAUUCCUAA